CGUUAUUAGAUCAGCUGCGCAUACAGAUACACGGACAAGCCUUCCUGCUAACCACAUUGGCAAAGAGGAGGGAACCGUUGCGUUAUCACUUUUUCGGUGUACAGCCGUCUACCGUGCGGACGAUUCAUUCAGCGGUGUAGAGCAAGAUUUCGAAAGAAUUACGAACGCUCUCGCACUUGGGAGAUGUGUUCGAACAGCUGACUAGUUAACCAUAACCGCGGGACUAUUUCAACUCUACGAGUGGAACGAGUUUCCAUCGAAAAAAAAUCUGUAUGGAAAACUGUAUGGAAACAAAAAGGUGUAUUAUUAUUAUAGAGCAAGGUGCGAGUCUUUAAAAAAAAAGGAACGUUAAGCUCUACCCGCUGUACGGGUUUCUGCUGUGUUGUAGUUCGUUGGAUUUUUUUGUUGUUAGCCAUUAACCUCGGUGGCCAAAGAACCUACUAUGUCAACGGCAUAAAGCCACUUCAUUCAACGUACGUAUUUUGCUAAUUAUCGAUGAGCAAAGGAAGGCUUGAGGUUUGUUAAAAAGAAACAAAUGUACGAGGGAUUAAAAAUCAACGAGUAGAAACCGACGGGAGCUGUCUGUGUUGAAUUUUUCAACGACGAUUAUCUAAGUGCCACUACUUUGUUUCCAUCAGUUAUUCAUAACCCUGGAAACGGCAAUGUGUUAAUAUUUGCAGCAAGAACUUUAUAAGAAGACAAGUACUAACGUCAGGAAAGCGGUCGCGUGUAGGAUGCUGCGACGUGAAAGUGAUGAUCGGAUUCGACAGAACCCGAAUUUGAGAAGCACCGACAGAAUUGGUCAUACGAGAGCCAGAUGAGUUCUCAACCUUCGACCAAAUCGGCAGCCGAUGAUGCGGUCAAAUUAAGAUUGAUCAAAAGGUCUCAACCAAUUCCGUCUGAAUGUUUUCCCUCUAUUGCCUGGAUCUUUUUAACGAAACCGCACGUUUUUGAUGGCCGGUUAGCAGGAGGUGACAUACUCGUGUGUCAGCAAGAUUCAUCGCAGCAAAGAGUGCCUGUAUCAGCAUCGGUCCCACAGUUGUCUCAAAAUGACAUCUUACGGCUACGUAGGAUAUUGGUGCCGAAAAAUCAUCGAAGAUUUUCAGGCGUAUAUGAGGAAUGCCGACUUCAGUUGCAUGAGUUAUCGAUAUUUACGGAACGAUCGGCGGAUGAUCAAGGGAGCAAUCUUGAACCCGUCGUACGCGGUCCAUUCAAAUUCGUCCUUCGUUUCGAUGAUAACGAUAAAUGCGUGUCACUGUCAACUUCUUCCGAUCCAUGUCCCCGAUUGACAACAAAAUUAUUCGAUCGUAUUGAGCGAUGGGCGCAUGGCGUAGUCCGCCAAGACAAACAGAUACAGGUUGCAUCACUUGGACUGGUCAGUGUCGAGAGAUAUAGCCGCAUCUAUUGGGACCUCAAGCUGAAAUAUGGCCCAGAAUUAAUAAAGAUUUGGCCGGAAAAGACGGAUCCGUUGAAAUUCGUGUUCGAGGACUUAGCCAUCGCCAGUUACCUCAUAGCGCUUUGGGAUCCAGAGGACGACGGUCGAAAAACGUCAUUUGUCGACAUAGGUUGUGGGAAUGGGCUGCUUGUCUACAUCCUCAUCCUCGAAGGGCACAUGGGGCUUGGGAUUGACGUACGUAAACGCCGUAUAUGGUCGCUUUACCCGCCCAAGGUUAGCAAUUUUCUCCGUGAAGAACCCGUAACACCUCAAAGCAGAUUUGAUGCCGAGUGGUGGAUUGGAAACCAUUCCGACGAACUGACCCCGUGGAUACCGCUGCUCGCAUCUAUGUCGAGUUCGACAGCAAAGGUAUUCCUCCUCCCGUGUUGUCCUUACGGGCUGUAUGGCAAAUAUCAACGAACUAAACCUGACCUUAGCCAGUAUCAAAGCUAUCUUAUGCAUCUAAAAGAAGACUUUCUGCCCAAAUGCGGUUUCAAGGUUCGCAUUGAUAAAAUUAGGAUUCCCUCAACCAAGCGAAUUUGUAUGGUGUUAUCUGAACGCCUGGAUGAGCCCAGAGAUCAAGUCAUAGCCAGGCUCCGGCAUCGUCUCGAAAAAGAAAAGCCAGUCACAGACUUUGUACCUCGCGCCAAGGAAAUUCCGGUUCGCAACUGUACCCAGACAGAUAGGAGUCUUACUGAUAGAAUCGUGCACAGGGUGGCAAUUCAUCUACUAACCUUGCCUGAUAAAGAGCAAUCUGAAGGUUUCAAUUUAGGGGGACAGUUGAGUCUAGCGGAAGUAAUUGCAUUGGUUAAUAAAAGAGAACGGUCCCUUCUCAAAUCACAGUGCGGUGGUAUUCAAACGCUUCUCAAAAAUAACUAUCACGUUUUUCAAGUUAAAAACGGAGCAGUACGAUUGAAGAUUCCUGAAGAACAAAAACCCAAUGCCCAGCGCUCGGUUCAUCAACGGAGGGCAUGCUGGUUCGAUUCCAACCACCCACAGGGAUGUCCUUUGGAGCAAGCAAAAUGCCGAUUUUCUCACCGAGAUAAAUUUAAUACAUAAAAUAUACAAUCAAAUUGUA